AUGGGAAGGGAAAACAUGAGCUUUCCCAACACUUUUGUCCUGCUGGGCUUCUCAGAGUUUCCAUGGCUGGAGAGGCCCCUCUUUGCAGUGGUCCUGAUCUCCUACCUCCUCACCCUGAUGGGGAACAGCUCCAUCAUCUUCCUCUCCCUGGUGGACCCCAGACUCCAGACACCCAUGUACUUCUUCCUGGACAACCUCUCUCUGCUGGACCUCAGUCUCACCAGCACCAUUGUGCCUCAGCUGCUGGCUCACUUGUGGGGACCAGACAAGACCAUUACUUCCUCCAGAUGCAUCACACAGGUCUUUACUUUUUGCUGGAUAAUCUCCAGUGAAUGUGCUGUGCUGGCCAUGAUGGCCAUUGAUCGCUAUGUGGCCAUCUGUCGGCCCCUCCAGUACACUCUCAUCAUGCGUGCCUCUGUGUGUGUGCAGAUGGCAGCAGUAUGCUGGUCCAGUGGGCUCCUGAACUCUCUGCUUCAAACAGCACUGACCCUCAAGCUUCCGCUCUGUGGACACCACACCCUGGAUCACUUCUUCUGUGAGGUACCGGGGCUCAUCAAGCUGGCCUGUGGGGACAGCACUGCUAAUGAGCUGGCCAUCAGUUUAAUGACCAUCCCAUUUGGAAUGACAUCUUCCCUCCUGGUGGGCAUCUCCUACACCUUCAUUGCCAGGGCUAUACUGAAGCUCCCUUCAACUGAAGGCAGGCACAAAGCACUCAGCACCUGCAGUUCCCACUUGGUGGUGGUCAUCUUGUACUUUGGGCCAGGCUUAUAUUUUUACCUUCAUCCUUCAACCAAGAGUUCUCAGGCCAAAUUCAUAUCCUUCUUCUACUGUGUUAUCACCCCACUGCUCAACCCACUCAUCUACACCCUGAGAAACAAGGAUGUGAAGAUGGCAUGGAAGAGGAUCCUGCAAAGACAGGGUGGGGUGAAGUCUUUAAAAGCCUAA